AUGGCAAAGUUCAAGGUGCCUUCCUGGUUGCAAACAAGCACAGCGGCAGAGGCAGAGAAGGAGAAGAAGAAGCAGAACAGACGCUCGUUUGGCGGCUUUCCACAGAAUAUUCGAACAAGACAACAUGUACCGGCCGCAACCAGGCCCCAGGCUGUUCACGAAGACCCAAAACCCGUAGCAAAGACACAAACAACAGAAACAACCCGACUGGUAACCCUGGCGAAAAGGAUUGCCGCCGAGGCAGAGAAGCUUGAGCAAUAUUUGAAAGAAAAUGAUUUACCUCAGCCCGGAUUUGGAAGCGAUGCUCCAGGGGACUUUCCAAACUUGCCGCCUGAGAUUCAGAAAAGUCGUCAAGACAUUGUAUACGCGACACGUGAACUAGGAACACUUGUUAGAGGACCACGAGAAAGCGUGCGAUGGGGUGUCUGGAGCUAUCUGGAUACACUAAGCCUUCAAAUUAUCAACAAUUAUGGCAUUGCCAAGCUUGUUCCCCUCAACACGCCCAUUCCUCUUUCAGAUCUGCAAGAAAAAACCACGCUGGAUCCCAUUAACCUGGCGCGAAUUCUCCGGCAUGCCAUGACUAAUUACAUCUUCUGCGAGCCCGAGCCCGGUUUGAUAGCCCACACGGCUGCAUCUCGCAAGCUGGCGGAGGACGGGGCUCUACAAGACUGGGUUGGAUUCAACUCCGAAGAUAUCUUCCCCUCUGCCGCAAAGGUGCUCAAGUCUCUUAAAGAACACCCCGAAGCCACAUCACUGACGACUACUGGCUUCAACUAUGCGUUUGACACCGUAGACCAGGAGCCCAUGUUUGUGACGUUCGGUAAGGAUCCUGCUCGGGCGAAACGGAUGGGAGGAGCUAUGGCUAGCUUGACGGGCGGUGAGGGAUAUGAGGUCAGGCACUUUGUGGAUAAUUAUGACUUUUCGCAGGAAGAUGAGCGAGGGGGCACCUUUGUCGAUAUUGGUGGAAGCCACGGAUUUGUGUCUGUGGACUUGGCCAAGAAGUGGAAGAACAUGAAGUUUAUCGUCCAAGAUCUGCCAAAGACCGUCAGCAGCGCACCUAAGCCCAUCUCUGAUGACGAAUCAGUCGCCGAGCGAAUUCAGUUCGAAGCCCACGACUUUUUCAAGGAACAGCCUGUCAAGGAUGCCGACGUGUAUUUCUUCCGGUGGAUUAUCCACAAUUACUCAACUCCAUAUGCCGUCAAGCUGCUCAAGAACCUCGUAUCGGCCCUAAAGCCCGGCGCACGUAUCGUUAUCAACGACCACUGCUUGCGAGAGUCCGGCUCCGAGAACCCUUGGGAUGAGAAGCUGAUGCGCAGCAUGGACAUGAUCAUGCUGACCUUGCUCAAUGCCCAAGAACGCGCGGAGCAAGAGUUUAGGGACUUAUUCAAGGCAGCAGACGAGCGUUUUGUCUUCAAGGGUGUCACAAGAACGCCAGGUUGCAGAAUGAGUGUUAUUGAAGCCGUCUGGGAACCGACGAAACCUACGGCGAAUGGGACAGCUAAACAUGCCGACUCUGAAAGUACCGAGUAG